AUGGAAAAGCCCAACUCCGCUUUGAGUAUUACGGAAGAAACACGGCUCUUUGGUGAAGUGCCACAGGUGCCACAGGUCACACUUUCCGGUACAGAAGCACCUCUAACGGACAUUGCUGAAGAAAAUACACCGGACCUGAUGGACAACUCGAACCGAAAGCAUAAUGAUCUGCAUGAUAACAAAAGCUCCGGCAUAGGCAGCACCACCAGCAGCGUCAAUAAUGAGAACCUGAACGUACAUAAAGGCGACGGUUCACCUCGAGAUGGUCAGGUUCUGGACGAAUCCGGUCAUGUACAGCAACUCGAUUCGAUGACCACUGUCGUAAUCGAUAUUGAACCCACAACUGAAGGAGGAUCCAUCGUGCCAAAUAAUUCCAACAUGAGUUUUUCAGACGUCGUUCAGCAGCUUCGAACUACAUUCAACAGUGGCAAAACGAGAGAUGUUGAUUUCAGGUUGAAUCAACUAAACGCACUGUUGCGAUGCUACGAAGAAAACUCCAACGAGAUGGCGAACGUGCUAGCUGCGGAUCUUCGCAAGCACAAGCAGGAAGCCCAUCUGCUCGAGAUUGAAUUCAUGCUGAAUGAUCUUCGCAACACGUUGUUUAAUCUGCGCGAAUGGGUAAAGCCGGAGAAGCCCGAGAAAAGUCUGGUCAAUAUGAUGGACGGUGUGUACAUCUACAAAGAUCCAUUCGGCGUGGUGCUGGUGAUCGGUGCCUGGAACUAUCCGCUACAGCUUACACUGGUACCGGUGGUUGCGGCCAUCGCUGCGGGAAACUGUGUCGUAAUUAAACCGAGCGAGGUUGCACCGGCCACUGCUAAAUUUAUUGCCGAUGUACUACCGAAAUACUUAGCACAGGAUUGCUACAGGGUAGUGAACGGUGGACCUAAGGAAACGACUGAGUUGCUGAAGGAAAAGUUCGACUACGUGUUCUAUACUGGUUCCGGGCGCGUGGGCAAAAUCAUCCAUCAGGCGUGUAGCGAAAACUUAACGCCCUGCACAUUGGAGCUCGGUGGCAAAAGCCCCUGCUAUCUGGACAGUACAGCCAAUAUCGCAAUCGCUGCACGACGCAUCUUGUGGGGCAAGUUUAUAAAUGCUGGCCAAACGUGUAUCGCGCCCGACUACGUACUGUGCACUAAGCAAGUACAAAAACAAUUCAUUGAGGAGGCUCGUAAAGUGUUGAAAGAGUGGUACGGUACCAAUCCGAAGGACAGUCCCGAUCUAUGCCGCAUUAUCAACCAGAACCAUUUCCAACGACUUACAUCCCUCCUCAAGGGUGCCAAUGUGGCUAUCGGAGGCGAAACGGAUCUGCAAGAUCGCUACAUCUCGCCAACCAUUUUGAUCGACGUGAAGUCCACCGAUCCCGUGAUGCAGGAUGAAAUUUUUGGCCCUAUUCUACCGAUCCUGAAUGUGGACAAUGCAUACGAUGCUAUUAAGUUCAUCAACUCGAGUGACAAACCUCUCUGCUUGUACAUCUUUACCAAGAACAAGCCGGACAUACGUACGAUGAUAGAAAACACCUCUAGCGGAGGAGUUUGUGUAAACGAAACGCUUAUGCAUUGCGCAGUUGAAGCAUUGCCAUUCGGUGGUGUUGGCCCUAGUGGUAUGGGCUCGUAUCAUGGCAAGUACUCUUUCGACACAUUCGUCCACAAGAAGUCCUGCUUGACGAAAGAUUUUAACCCAAUCGGUGAAAAAUUGGCUGCCUCUCGGUAUCCACCAUACUCUGAUAGUAAGCUGUCCUUCCUGAGUACCUUGCUGAAGAAGCGUCAGGGAAUCAACUUGCACUUUUUGCCAUAUCUGCUGAUGUUUGGUAUUGGUGUUGCCUCGACGCUCGUGGUAAACACCCUUCUGAAGGUAAAUAAUUCCAUCACUCUACCAAAAUGA